AGCAGUCAGCCGCCACACCGCCAGCCAGCCAGCCAGCCAGCCAGCCUCUGUUCAGCAUCGUUGCUUAACAGUACUAAUCGCAGCAAUUUUGACGACGUCUACGAAUCCUUUUGCUUCCCAUUGCGCGUUGCCGUGGUGCUGACUCAGGACGGGGUGUCCGUGGCUUUGUUCUUGUACGGCAUAUUCAGCUGGAUCUUACAUGCCUCACCAACUCGCCCAUGUGAAUCGCAGGCGAGUUGGGUGGCAUCAUGUGUCAAAACAGCUGUCUGGUGAAGUACAACAGCAUGGUGGACAGCCCUGUAAACGAAGCAGCAGAGGAAAAGGAGCAGGAAAACAGAGCCCGGCCUUGACUCCUCUCAUUGCGUCCAACUUGUAGAGCAUCGCCAUGUCAGCUCCAGACCACAUCGCCAUCUCCCUGACAUCCCCUCUCGAGAGGGACACAAUGUUGACCCUGGCAACACGCUCCAUUACCUUUCUCUCGAUCAACAACCCACAAGUCCGCCUCAAGGCCAUCGAGGCAAUCUUCACCCCCGACACUGUCUGGUUUGACUCGGAUGGCAGUGCGCACCACGGACACGACGGCGUGCUUGCGCACUCGACCAUCGUGAUGGACCAGCAGGAUGGCACCGUCCACAGCCCCGCAGAAGACGUCAAAGUGUGCCAGAACAUGGCGACGUCGCGCUGGAGGGUCGUGCCAGAAGGGACCGAGGGGGAUCCCGGGCAGGCACCGUCUCAACUGGGUGGCAAUGUCAUUGUUGUGGAGGGCGCAAAGAUCAAGGUCUUGUGGUCGUAUCUCGACAAUUUCCAGCCACCGCUGAGGCCGUCGCCUGAAGGCUAG